AUUUCACUAACUUCUGCUCAUCCACCCAGAAGAUCAGGGCCGACACCAUGGUUGAUGACGAUCUCUCUGCCUUGGUAGUGGAUAACGGGUCAGGGAUGUGCAAGGCAGGCUUUGGGGGUGAUGACGCACCCCGGGCUGUGUUCCCCUCCAUGGUGGGACGUCCCCGUCACCAGGGAGUCAUGGUGGGCAUGGGUCAGAAGGACUGUUACGUUGGGGACGAGGCCCAGAGCAAGAGGGGAAUCCUGACCUUGAAGUACCCCAUCGAGCACGGAGUAGUCACCAACUGGGACGACAUGGAGAAGAUCUGGUAUCACACCUUCUACAACGAGCUCCGCGUGGCGCCAGAUGAGCAUCCCAUCCUUCUCACCGAGGCACCCCUGAACCCCAAGAUCAACCGGGAGAAGAUGACCCAGAUCAUGUUCGAGGCCUUCAAUGCACCUGCCAUGUAUGUAGCUAUCCAAGCCGUUCUGUCCCUCUAUGCCUCGGGCCGGACCACAGGGAUCGUGAUGGACUCUGGCGAUGGGGUCACUCACACCGUGCCCAUCUAUGAAGGGUAUGCCCUGCCCCAUGGCAUUCUACGCCUGGAUCUGGCAGGCAGAGACCUGACUGAUUACCUCACGAAGAUCCUGACGGAAAGAGGCUAUAACUUUACCACCACGGCUGAGCGGGAGAUCGUGAGGGACGUCAAGGAGAAGCUGUGCUAUGUGGCCCUGGACUUUGAGCAAGAAAUGGUCACAGCCGCUGCCACCCCUUCCCUUGAAAGAAGCUAUGAGCUUCCUGAUGGGCAGGUGAUCACCAUCGGGAAUGAGCGCUUCCGAUGUCCUGAAGCCAUUUUCCAGCCUUCCUUGCUGGGCAUCGAGUCCAGCGGGAUCCACGAGACGACCUUCAACUCGAUCAUGAAGUGUGACGUGGACAUUCGCAAGGAUCUGUACGCCAACACCGUGCUGUCUGGAGGCAGCACUAUGUACCCAGGCAUCGCCGACCGGAUGCAGAAGGAAAUCGUCACCCUGGCACCGAGCACCAUGAAAAUCAAGAUCAUAGCGCCUCCGGAGCGCAAGUACUCCGUCUGGAUCGGGGGUUCCAUCCUGGCGAGUCUGUCCACCUUCCAGCAGAUGUGGAUCAGUAAGCUGGAAUAUGAUGAGGCCGGUCCCCCAAUCGUCCACAGAAAAUGCUUCUAA